AUGGAUAACCAACCUAAGAAUCACCAAGAUGGAGCCACCGAAGCACCCGAAGAGCGCAAGAUCCCAAGAGCCACCGUGGCGCGCAUCAUGCGGAAAGCCACCCCGCCGAACUCCAAGAUCGGCGCCGACGCGAAGGAGGCCGUGGACCAGUGUCUCGUGGAGUUCGCCGCGUUCAUCACCCAGGUGGCCGCGGAGGAGUGCCGGCGGGACAAGCGCACGACGGUGACCGGCGACGACCUCAUCCUCGCCUUCAAGAACCUUGGGUUCGACGACUACGUCGGGACCCUGACCUUGUACCUCCGCCGGUACCGCGAGAUCGAGGGUAACAUGCCACGCGCCCGGCACAGCACUAUGAGGUCGCAGGGAGCGCCGCCGGCGCCUGCGGCGCUGACAGUGGAGGCCGCGGCGGCGCCGUCGUCGGGUCUGACCUUGCAGCUGGGCCCGCCGUCGGUGCCUGACGUCACGGAGCUGGGACUACACGCUGACGUGUACGCGGUGUGGCGUGGGGCUGCAGCGCCGGCUGCAGCAGGCACCUCGCAGGCGCCAUCUGGUGCUGACGAGGAGGAGUAA